UAAUUAAAGCUAUUGUUUCCAAAGAUUUCACUUCACACGGAUCAUUUCUCUUCCGUCAUCGAGUUGCGAAGACUGAAAGGGCACUGCCUUCUUCGCCACGAAUCCGACCUCCAUUAAAGCAAAUCCAACAACUCCGUUUGUUUUUUCUCAUUCAGAGAAUAACAGCGCCCUUCCUCCUAGCAGCGACGGCGGCGGAUUUCUUUUUAUACGAAUUUGAUUCAUCCUUUUCACGAAUUUAGCUUCGUUUUCAAUCUGAAUAUUGGUGAUUUGUUUAUUUUAAUCAUCUGGGAAUGCCUUUCAUGGAGGUUCAGAAGUUGGGUUUGAGUUUGUUUUUAGGGCUUUUUCUUCUUCUGCUGUCUUUGGUGCCACUGUCUGUGGCGAAGUUCGUGGUUGAAAAGAAUAGUUUGAGGGUUACAUCGCCUGAGGGUUUGAAAGGUACCUACGAUAGUGCCAUUGGGAAUUUUGGCAUUCCUCAAUAUGGAGGUAGCAUGUCUGGGACUGUGGUGUUUCCGAAGGAGAAUCAGAAGGGUUGCAGAGAAUUCAGCGAUGCUGGGAUUUCGUUCCAGUCGAAGUCUGGAGCUCUCCCUACGUUCGUUUUGCUCGAUCGAGGAGAUUGUUUCUUUGCCUUGAAGGUUUGGAAUGCUCAGAAGGCUGGUGCUUCUGCAGUUCUUGUUGCAGACAACGUUGAGGAAAGAUUAAUAACCAUGGACACCCCUGAAGAGGAUGGUUCUACAGCACAAUACAUUGAAAACAUAACAAUACCGUCUGCACUUAUUGAAAAAAGUUUUGGUGAGAAACUGAAAAAAGAGUUCAGUUCUGGAGAAAUGGUCAGUGUGAGUCUUGAUUGGAGGGAAGCGGUACCUCAUCCUGAUGACCGUGUGGAAUAUGAGUUGUGGACUAACAGUAACGAUGAAUGUGGCGUGAAGUGUAACAUGCUAAUGGAAUUCUUGAAGGAUUUUAAAGGUGCGGCCCAGUUACUUGAAAAGGGUGGUUACUCACAGUUCACACCACAUUAUAUUACUUGGUAUUGCCCACAGGCAUUCGUUCUAAGCAAGCAGUGCAAGUCUCAAUGUAUCAAUCAAGGGAGGUAUUGUGCUCCUGAUCCCGAGCAGGAUUUCAGUUCUGGCUAUGAUGGGAAAGAUGUGGUGAUUGAAAACUUGAGGCAGUUAUGUGUUUUCAAAGUGGCUAAUGAAACUCAAAAACCUUGGAUUUGGUGGGACUAUGUGACAGAUUUUCAGAUCAGAUGUCCAAUGAAGGAGAAGAAGUACAACAAGGACUGUGCUAAUGAUGUUAUUAAGUCUCUUGGGCUUGAUGCUAGCAAGAUUGAGAAGUGCAUGGGGGAUCCAAAUGCUGAUACUGAAAAUCCAGUUUUGAAAGAAGAGCAAGACGCCCAAGUUGGAAAAGGAUCCAGAGGGGAUGUUACCAUAUUGCCUACUCUUGUUGUAAACAAUCGACAAUAUCGAGGAAAAUUGGUGAGAGGUGCAGUUCUGAAGGCCAUAUGUUCAGGUUUUGAGGAAACAACUGAACCUGCCAUUUGCUUGAGUAGUGAUUUAGAGACCAACGAAUGCUUAGAUAAUAAUGGUGGUUGCUGGCAAGAUAAAGCUGCCAAUCUAACCGCCUGCAAGGAUACUUUUCGUGGGAGGGUAUGUGAAUGCCCACUUGUUGAUGGUGUGCAGUUCAAAGGAGAUGGUUACACCACUUGUGCAGCAAGCGGGUCUGCAAGAUGCAAAAUUAAUAAUGGAGGAUGUUGGCAUGAGACCCGGGAUGGACAUACAUUCUCUGCUUGUACGGACCAUAGCAAUGCGAAUUGCUCGUGUCCUCCAGGGUUUAAAGGUGAUGGUGUUAAAAGCUGCGAAGAUAUCGAUGAGUGCAAAGAAAAGAAAGCCUGUCAGUGCCCUGAAUGUAGCUGUAAAAAUACCUGGGGCAGCUAUGAGUGCAGUUGCAGUGGUGAUCUUUUGUACAUCAGAGACCAUGAUACUUGUAUAAGUAAGGUGUCUGGUGGGAGAUCUGCGUGGACUGCUGUUUGGGUUAUAUUGAUAGGCUUGGCUAUGGCGGCUGGUGGAGCAUACCUAGUAUACAAGUACAGAAUAAGGUCAUACAUGGAUUCAGAAAUCAGAGCUAUUAUGGCUCAGUACAUGCCUCUAGACAGCCAAGCUGAAGUUCCAAACUACGCCGGUGGGAAUCGUGUGUAAGAAGGAAGACGAUAUAUUAGGAACCUGUCGGUCUCGCUCACAGUGGAGUGUGGAGUGGUCUGUCAUGUCGAAUCGUAAUCCAGUUAAGAGUUUUGAGGCAAGAUGUUUGCAUUUGCUGUAAUAUAUGACAAUAAACGAUAAGGGUUUUGAGUUUGAGAUGUUAUUGUUAGAUUAUAUAACAUGCUUGAAGAGUUGGUUCUCUGUUGAAUUUUUAUUUGGGCAGUUGCAGAGGACUCUGUCGAUUAACGAACGUAUGCCUCGGAUGGGCUAAGCUAAGCAUCAUGCCACCACUGUAGUGUUUGUUGGUGAGGAUCUUAAAUGUGGUUUUGUAACUUAAUAACUUACUUUUUUGUA